ACAGUGCUGCGUAAGUUAUAUAAACCAUUACAUUUAACAGUAAAGAAAAAGUGCUAUCCAAGAGCAUAUAAUAAAGAAAAAAUGUCGAAUGAAAGCGAUGAAGAAUUUUUUAAAUUAUGGAUGUCAUCGUUUCAGGAAAGCAUGGAGAAAGCUCGUCAAAGAACUUGUUCAUUUGAAUAUGAAAUGCAACAAAACUUGUAUAGAGAUUUUGCUAGUAAAUACGAUAAAGCUAUUUCUUUAGAAAGUUAUUCAGGGCCUUCAAAAAUUGCAGAGAAAAUAAAUGAUUUAGUUUUUGACAAAAACAUUAAAAUUCUUGAUUACGGAUGUGGAACUGGUUUGGUUUCUGAAUAUUUGAUAAAAUUUGGUUUUUCCGAAAUCGAUGGAGUUGACGCAAACCAAGAAAUGCUUAAUUCAGCAAAAGCUAAAGGUACCAUGAAUAAAUUAAUUUUAGGAAGAAAUGAGGAAGGAUUAAAAAAUAUUUCAAGUAAUGAAUACGACAUUGUUUGCUCCGCUGGCACAUUUUUUUUAUCUGCAACGCACCCUGGUACUGAAUGUUUUCGAGAAAUUUGUCGUAUCAUUAAAAGCGGUGGAUACUUUAUUCUUUUGACUAAGCAAUCUUACAUAAGCUGCUCCUACGUUAAUUGGAGUAUUGUGGAGGAAUUAGAAAAAGAACACGUUUUAGAAAUAGUUUCAAAAGAACCGUACGAAGGUUAUAGAAAGCAUUUUCCAAAUGAACAGGAUACACAAAGUACUGGAAUAAUUUUCACAUUUAGAGUACUAUGAAUUUUUAUUCAAAAUUUAUUUAAAAUUGUAUUUUUUUAUUAUA